AUGGGACACGAAAAUGAGCAUUCUGAGGUUCACGAACAUCACAAUGAUCAUUACUUUGAAGUUUCAAGGGAAGAUCUUUUCAAACCUUAUAAGCCUUCAGCUAUUGAGAAAUAUGUCUUGCCUUUCCUUGGAAAGAUAUUUGAUGUUCCCGUAACUCUAUUCAAAGAGCAAAUAGUUGACAGAAUACCACGCAAGAAGUUCUAUUAUUAUCAUCAACGCUACCCACGUGUUCCCGAGAUUGACUCUUGUAUGGUUGAUGACAGAGUCUGCAUUGCUGAGGCUAAUGAUCAAUUUACUCGGGACAGAUAUGUUGACGCAAAUAUUGUCAGAAUUCUUCGCCAACGUGUGGAUGCUUGUCGGAAGUGGUAUGAUCGUGAUUAUGAAGAUAUGGAACGAUUUUGUGCUCCUUACUACAAAGACCACGAGGAGGCCGCUACCAAUUUCUACAUUAAAUAUGGUGAACUAUUUUACUGGAGCGACGUUCGGGAUGCUUUCAUGAAGCAAAAGCACCGUAUGCUCUUUGAACGAGAUGUAGGUCCUAUUGGUGCCAAGAAGAAGUCAGAUGAAGGAGGUGAUAAAGAGGCUGACAAUGCGAUUUCAUUCUUGCGUCGUUUCCAUGGCCACGUCAAUUUGCCGAAGGAAUUGAGAUUCUAG